ACAAACAAAGAUGGCCGACAUUAGGCUUGAAGUCCCUGCUGAAAAUUUCAGUUUUAGAAGUACUUUAUGAUGGCCACUGAACUAUAUCAACAGCCUCCGACUAUGUCGGAGAAUCUCACUCAGCUGGCGAGAAAGAUAGACUUUGCAGCUGAAGGAGAAGAAGCAGUCAGUGAUGAGAAGAAUGAAGAAGAAGAGGAGGAGGAAAAACAACCCUUUCAACAACCUCAUUGGCCAUUAGAAGGUGUGAGGAACAAAAUUAGACAGGCACUGACGGAGAUGUCUGUCUUACAUGAUUUAUUGGUCAUUGUCAAGCAGAAGCCUGCUCUCUACAUGGUUUUAGAUCCAGUGCAUGCAGAAACUCCAGAGUCAAAGUCCUAUAUUCAGUUCCUUUCUCUUAAAAAGAUAGGGAGCCUUCAGUCUGCGGCCACAACCCUGCUAAGUGGGGCUGAGCGGUUGCGCACAUCCCAGGCAGAGAUGGGGAGACCUAACAGAAGUGUACCUGACUUUCACAUUGAACUCCUGAGGCUUCGCCAGAAUUGGAGGUUAAAAAAGGUUGGCAACACCAUAAUAGGAGACCUUUCAUAUCGUUCAGCUGGCUCGAUGUUCAGACAUACUGGUAUUUUUGAAGUAUCAAAAGCUGAUGACAUAGGAGGUCCAAGUACAGCAGUAGUACCUGGAGGAGCAUCUCCUGUAUCUCCAGUUGCCAAUCGAAGCCAUCAGUCUUCCCUUAGAGUUAAUGUACCAACUGAACUGAUGGGCUCUGCUUAUAUUUUUGUAUGCAUAAAAAAAGAUGAAGAGGACAUAUGUUCUGCACAGUUAAGCAGUAGCGACUUUGUGUCUGUGGACACCCCAUGGCAACAGAAGCUGGAAAAGGCACAGAAUGUCUUAUUUUGCAAAGAACUCUUCAGUCAGUUGGCAAGAGAAGCAGUCAAACUCACACCAUCAAUACCUCAUCUUGUGGUUGGCAAUCAGAUCACAGCAACCAUCUUCCCAGGAAUCCACCUUUUAGUUGGUCUUUGUCACUCAGAUGGAAAAAACAAUAUAAAAAGUAAAACAAACCCUGCACAAGGACAAAAUAUGACAAACACAGGCACUGGUCCAAUAGCAGGAGGAACCAGUGGUAUGGGAGUUGGUGCCGGGCUGGGACCAUCCAAGUACAAACAUGAACAUGAUCUGGAACAUUCACUACAUCAGCUACUUCAUCGUGUUUACCAUAACAGUUUUCAACAUCCUCUACCACAUCCUGUUUAUGCUCCAAUGGGCAUGUCAAAACGUAGAAGGUUAGCAGGACCUGAAGGAAUGGACAGGAACCAGAUGACUCAAAUGACAAAGGAGAAGACCUUGCUAGAGCAGAUAAUAAGACAAGUACAACAUAACUUCCUGAGGCUGAGAACAAUGUAUGUUAUUGACCAGCUAGCUGCAGAAUUCAAGGAUCCUCUUAUUGUCUCCCACUGGAAUUCGUUCAAUUCACCCACCCAGUCAUCUGUGAAGAUCAACAUCUUGUCACAAGGAUAUGAUUCUGUGGUCCGAACUAAACUAGUGUUCCACAUAUAUGAAAGGACAUUGAAAUGCAUUUGUAGGGAUGGUAAGAUCAUGACCAUGUCUUUUGAACCUCAAGAGCUCAGAAAUCUUGUCUUGUGCCAGAUCUCUCAACACAAUAUGGCUGCUGUGCAAGGUUUGGCUAAGUAUACUGGAUGGACUGUGUUAUCAUCUGAACAGAACAUUGGCACAGGAGCCAUUGAACCUUUAGGUAAUGCAUCCACAGUGAUGUUAGCCUCUCCUUCAGGUAAUAAGGUGAUAGGAGUCCACUCUGGACCUCACCAGCGUGUAUCUGUUUUUGUGUCGUCGUCUCCACGGCCAGACUUUUACCCUUCAACUGUUGUGAUGGAACAAAGAUGGGAGCAUUUAGGAGCCAAUUGGCAAGAGGUUCGAUAUGAUCGUAUGGAAGGCCGCAAUUUUCUCAAUAAGAUGGAACUACUUAUGGCAGCUCUGACUGCCUGAGAGUAGCUUCAAGUUAAGAUUAGCAGACAAUUAAUAUUUUCUCCUAUAUAGUAAAGAGGAAUAAAAUUAUUUCUUA